CAUGAAUAGUGUCGGUAUCAAUGUGAAAAAAGUUCUCGAUCACUCGCACGCACCUGAUGUUCGUAAAGGAAAUGUUCGAAAAGUACUUGAAAAUAUUCGCAAUCGAGCACUUUCCACAACUGAACCACCAAGAAAAAUUCUACGCAACAUCACAUGUUCGAUUGGCAGAGUGUCCUCGGUAGAGCUGCCCAGUAAUAUCAAUAUGACACGUGGUAUACGCAGGAUUCGUAACAAAACGGGAGUUCAUCCGAAAAAUCCGAAAACAUUGGCUGAAUUAGUAAUUGAUGGAGACAAUGCAUUGACCUUGAAGGGCGAUCUUUUUGUUUUGUACGACAAUCAAUCGGAUACGAAGCGAAUAGUCAUAUUCUCAACAAAUACCAAUCUUUCGUUCUUAUCAUAUUGCGAUGAAUGGUACAUGGAUGGUACGUUCGAUGUGGUUCCAACAAUAUUCAAACAAUUGUAUACGAUUCAUGGCAGACGAAAUAAAACUUAUGUUCCGUGCGUGUACGUCUUGGCUAGUGGUAAGGAUUUCUUCACCUACGCUGAAAUCUUUCGCAAACUUAAGGAAUUACAACCAAGACUGAAACCGAAAACCGUUAUGGUAGACUUUGAACAGGCUGCCAUGAAAGCCUUCCACAAACAUUUCCUGGAGUGGAGGUCUACGGAUGUUUUUUUCAUAUGUGCCAGUGCAUAUACCGCCAUAUACAAGCACAAGGUCUACAAAGUAUUUACGGUGAAGAUGAGAAUUUUGCCCAAUACAUGAGAUGCUUAGCUGCAUUAGCAUUCGUUCCACCCGAAGAAGUGGUUAAACGAUAUGAAGAAUUGAAAGGAUUAGAUUUUUUUAAAGCGAAGUUAAGCGGUAAAUCAGCUGUUGAUGUUGGAGUAAAAAAUUUGUUGUCAUACUUUGAAAAAACUUGGAUCGGCCACUUCGCGCGUAAUAGAUUUGUUGAGCCCCUAUUUUCAAUUGAUUUGUGGAAUGUUUACCACCAAACUCUUGCUUUCUUCCCAAGAACCAAUAACGCAGUUGAGGCUUGGCAUAAUGCCAUUACGAUAUUGUUCGGUGUGCAUCAUCCUUGUAUUUAUAAUUUUAUUGAAGGCAUUAAAAAGGAGCAAGAUGCCGCAGAGAUUUUAAUUGCUAAGAUGAUGUCUGGCAUACCAACAGACAAUAAACAAAGUAAGAAACAAAUAGAACUCGGUGAGCGAUUGGUCGCAGUGGUAAAAAUGUAUAAAAUUGAUGAUGCUACUUUCGACAUAAAAGAUUAUUUAUUCGGAAUUAGCAGCGCAAUUUCG